AUGUGCAGCGAUUCGGAUGGCGAGCGUACAAACGCUCGUUCGAAGCAGAAGCGCAGGGCAAAUGAUGCGAAGGUUGCUGGCAUGAAGGCCGAGCUGAAGCGGCUCCUUGCGCAGCCGCUGGUUGCCCGCGGCGUGUCGACGCGAUAUAUCACAUCGGGGAGCGUGUCGAUUGCGGACGAGAUUCUGGCAGGCGAAGGACAUGAGGCGAUGGUGGGAGUUAGAAAGGCACAGGCGGGGAGCGAGCUGGUGAAGGCGAAGAGGAGCCGUGCGAUGAAGCAAGUAAAAGAGGAGGAGGAGGAGGAGGAGGAAUGGCAUGGGAUCUUGAGCUAG